GGAAUGUGGAAAAAGUAUCCACAUGGACAAACAAAAAAUCAGUAUGCAAAUUUAAUGAUGUACGGAGUAGUUUUUAGCCCAUGACUUCAAUAAAAGCCACUAACCAAACUUAUUCCUGACACAUGCAUUAUACUCCGAAAAAAUAUAUAAACAUAGUUGAAGAAGAGAACAUCCCUAGCCACUAAUGGAUCCUCUUCAUCACUGCAUCAUGGAUUUCAACAAUGGAAUCCAAAUCCCAGUUCGUGAUCGUCCAUCUCCCCACUUCUUUUCUUUGGACGACGAAGCAGUUGCGGCAGCAGGAGGUACAAGUCAUGGAUCUGCCAACAACGUUGACUCCAUCCAAGACUCCGAUGCGACUUUCAUCACUAGUAAUCAACCCUAUCCAACUAAGAGCAUGGAUACCCGAGCCAAAUCAAAUGCUGAAUUCCGACAGGAUAUGCAGGAAGCUAUCGCGCGACAUGAUAACCAAUUUGCUCAGAUUGCCGCUACCCUUCAAGCUAUCAAUGUUGAGUUACGGGUAGGCCGGAUUGCAAGGGAGCAGGCGGAGUUACAGAUGGAGAACCCUUUUGCAGAUGAGCGUACGCGGAAUAGCCCUCAGCCUCACGAUCCAAAGGCGAGGUUUCCGAAAUUCGAUGGGGGUGACCCCUCCGGCUGGCUGUAUCAAGCAGAACAGUACUUUGAGUACUAUGACGUGGCUCCCGAUCUACAGGUGAAACUCGUGUCCAUGAAUUCGGAGGGCCUGGCGCUACAAUGGUUUCGCUGGUUGAUCAAACGAAGAGGACUAGUGGCGUGGGAAGAAUUUGUCAAGGCUCUCCGUAUUUAGUUUGGGCCAAUAGAAUUUGCGGACCCGGCCGAAGCUCUCUCUCAGCUCAAACAGACAACAUCCGUCACAGCUUACCAGGAGACGUUUGAACAACUGUCUCAUCAAAUUGAU